UUGCCCCAACGUGGGUGGAGGGGCUGGGAGGGCCACCCCUCGUCCCUACAGCCGGUCUUGCGGGUCUGGGCAGCGAACGCCCGCGAGGCAGAGCCGGCACCCACCAGCCCCCCCACGCCCAGCUUCACCCGGGCCUCCGAGCGCCCGGGGACCUGGAUGAGCGGCUCCCGGACCCGGGAGGGAGCAACUCGGAUAAAGUUCAUCAGUCGGGCUACUCCGAGGAACUUGGAGCCAGCUGCUAGCUCGGCUCAGGCCUUGAUUAUUCAGACGAGUUCCGCUUCCUCGAAAACAAAGCGAAACAAAAAUUGCAAACUCCAGCCGCCGACUGUGCGCAGCCAACUCGGAGGCACGCGCCGGGCCCGGCGGCCGAGGCCGGCGUCGAGACUUCGGGAAGAGGGGAAACAGAAUCGAGCGGCAAUAGCCUGUGCGAUCUCGGCAACUCCGAGGACGCUGGCGGCCGUGCCUGACACUGAACGGCGCGUCCCGGGCUCCCGGGGCCGGUCGGGGCGCGGCCGCCUGCGCUUCGUUUGGCCGGACUCGGGGCUCGGCGGGCGGGCGGGCGGGCGGGAGGCGCGAUCCCGAGGCUCCUUCCCGCCACAGCGUCGACUGCGGAGGUGCGCGGUGGAGGUGUGGCUGUGGUUACGGGACCUGGCCUGCGGACAAGCCCGCCCUGCCCUGCAUCGUGCCCAGGUUGGAAGACCACACUCCGGAGAAGGCAGUCAAAGUCUUGGACUCUCCUGCGUCGGUGCCACCGAACUCCGGAGCCUUUCGUGGUGCGCGCUCACCCGGGGACGGGCGGGUCGCUCCGUGGCCGCACUGGGGCGAUUUGAAGAAGCAAAUUAG